UAUGUCAUACCUUCACAUAUUAUAUAUAGCCCACAAUAACAGCAACAAAAACAAAAACAUGUAAACAACUUUCUCCACUACAACUAAGACUAAGAACAUAAAAAAUCGUGCUACUCGCUUCUCCUUCCAUAAUUCGUUGUUGCUCAUAUUUGUUACAAUGGAAAUUAACUUCCAAAAACAGCAGCAAACAGAAGAAAUUUCAAAGAACAAACUAGCCAAAUUCAAGGGGAAAAGAAGGAGCAAAAGCCGUAACAACUUUGUAGGUGUAAGGCAAAGGCAUUCAGGAAAAUGGGUAGCUGAGAUUAAAGACACAACAAAGGAAAUAAGGAUGUGGCUUGGAACUUAUGAAACUGCUGAGGAAGCUGCUCAUGCUUACGAUCAAGCUGCUGUUCUUCUUCGCGGAUCAAACACUCGAACAAACUUUGUUACUCGUGUUUCUCAAGAUUCCCCUCUUGCUUCCAGAAUUAGAAAUCUUCUCAAGAGCAAGAAAAUUGCAAAACAGAAAUGCCUGGAUUAUACUGUUGUUUCCACAAGUAGUAACUCUGUUCAAAGUAGUUUGAACAUCAGCAGUAGUUCUAGUCUAAUAAUUAGCAAUUGUGAUGAUUCAAUUUCUAGUGAGAAUACACACACAGAACUUUCUUUGGAUCAUGAAAUCAAAGAAGAAAGUCAACAGUUUCAUAACACAUACAUACCUGAUAUUGACAUGGGCGCAUCAGCAUAUUCUUCUUUCUCAUGGGGUUUUGGAGAAGGUUUUGAAUUUGCACAAGAAUUAUUGGAUAUUCCCAAGAAUGUGAUUUCAGGUGAGAUGGGGUUAACAGAAUAUGAGAUUAUGAAAGAGGAAAGGCAGAUAUCAGCAUCAAUUUAUGCAGUAAAUGGUGUUCAAGAUUACAUGGAAAGUGUCCAUGAUCCUUAUGAGUCUCUUUGGGAUCAUCCCCUUUCAAAUUAUUGGUAAUGUUUCAAAGAGUCUAAUUACCAUUAUCUUUUGCCUUCCUAUUUUAUUUUAUUUUAUUUUCGUUUUGGGACUCUCUCCCCUCUGAAAUUGUGAGAGAGGGAGAGAGAGAGAGAGAGAGUACCCUUCUCCGUUUAUUACUUUGGCAGACAUAUAGAUUGAGCAGA